AUGUCGCCCACCUACACCAUGUCCGCACACCUGUGCAAGCAGAUCUACGCCUCCUGGCGCGAAACCCGUCCUUCGCCUUCCAACAUGCCCUCUCCCGGCGUUCAGGCUCCCAACAUGACCUCCUACUUCCCCCGCAGCCCGUCCCCGGAGAAGCGCUCCAUGGACAGCGACCGCAGCGACGCUGGCGUGCCCAUGUCAAGAUCUCCCUCGAACUCCUCGUGGCGCGGCCCCAAGUAG